AUGUCUCAUACAACCCACGAUCCUAUCAUCAACGGUGUCAAUGGCACCGAGGAGCGGAAACUCGAGGUCAUUAUUGUUGGAGGAGGAAUUGGUGGCCUUGUUGCUGCGAUAUCUCUAAGACGACAAGGGCACAAUGUUGAAGUCUAUGAGCAAUCGCGACUCGCAAAUGAAAUCGGAGCUGCAAUUCAUAUGGUCCCCAACGCGGUCGGUGUACUGAAGCCAUUGGGGAUUGAUGUGGCGGAUAGCGGAGCCAUUCCAUGCGCACAAACUGUGCUCUUUACCGCGAACAACGAAGUCAUGCAGAAGAUAGAUAACACAAGGGACGCCCAUAGAUGGCAAAACCCAUGGAUGAUGGCUCACCGAGCCCAUCUUCACACUCAGCUCAAGAACGCAGCAACUUCACCCGACCAACCCGGACGACCGGUGAAACUCAAUACUUCUUCCAAAGUGAUAAGUGUCGACCCGGAAAUUGCGACGGUACAUCUCGCAGACGGCUCUUCACAUUCCGGUGAUGUCGUGAUAGGAGCGGAUGGAGUCCAUUCCAACGCAAGAAAAGCACUCAUGAACGACGCACCAGCACCAGUCAAAGGGGCACAUAACUGCUUUCGCUUCAUUCUAGAGCGUCAAGUGGCAGUUGACGAUCCGGAGACGAGGCUACUUGUCGAAGAAAUGAACUCCAUGAAUAUGUGGUACUUGGCAGACAUGAAGAUUGUCAUGUACUCAACGUCUAACAACAAGCUGCUGAAUUUCGUCUGCAUACAUCCGGAACACUUAACUAGCGUCUCGGACGACUAUACCAAGUCUGCAUCCAAGCCACAAAUGCUUGAAAUCUUCAAGGACUUCCACUCGUCGAUUGUCAAACUGAUGGGCAAGGUGGAUCCUGCAGACCUAAAAAUAUAUCCACUGUACCAUAUGGAAGUGCUUCCAACAUUUGUUUCCGGGCGAAUGGCAUUGAUCGGCGAUGCGGCGCACCCUUUCACACCACAUUUGGCACAAGGAGGCGCAAUGGCGAUAGAAGAUGGUGCGGCAUUGGGCGUCAUGCUUGGAAAUGGCGUUCUGCCUAACGACGUGCCAGAGCGGUUGCAGCUCUACAACAAAGCACGUUAUGAGCGAGCUACCAACAUCCAGCAAUUUAGUGUGGAGGUCGGCAGAGACUCGGUUUCCUCUAAACCGGUGAACGAUUAUAUCGAGUAUGGCUUUAGCCACGACGAGAUCCAUGCUUCGACAGAGUUGCUUCGUCAACACCAGUGGCGGCAACAAGGAAGCGCCCAAUGCUGGAGACAGCCACUAAGUUUUGGAUUGCUACCCGGCCCAAGACAAGAUGCUUUUGGACGCUCCCACCGGCAGGCACUGCGGAAUUCCACAACGACGAAAGCAAGUAUCAAGUUCAAAACCAGCUCAACAAUCCUUCGAAAUCUAUUCCCGAAUGAACGAUACUCGUUCGAGAAGCGUGACACUGUUGCCGUGGCGUCAUUCUCACUUCAGUCGCUCGAGAACAUGGCCUGGCUCGGUGGAGGCGGCUAUGACUUGUUGGCUUUGUAUAUCCACGAUGUCUGUUAUCGACAAAACAAUGGACAGAUCGUCAAAGGGACGUUUUGCCCAGUAAUGUUCGAGAACCUGGCCGAUCCCAUUGUAACAGGCCGUGAAGAGCUUGGAGUGCCAAAAGUGUUCUCCGACAUUGAGAUUUCGCGCAGUAGCACAUCUUGUCAUGCGACUCUUUCUUGGAGAGGCACGCAAUGGGCAGAAUUUCAUUGGAAAACUCUAAAAUAUGACACUGCAACUGUGGAUGAAGCAGAGGACCCAAUAGGGGGCUUGUUGGUCCAUAAAUACAUUCCCGCAACGGGGCAAAAAAGUCCACAGGAAGCGGAUGCGAAUUACGCAGUGUUCAUCCCAGCGGAGCCAGGGGUAUCGACCAUCAAGUCAAAAUCAGUCGCGAGGAAAAGCGACCUUGAAGUCAGGAUCACCGAUCUGGGCUGGCAAAAGUUGCCGACUUUACACCCUAUAGUGAGCAGGCUCGCAGAAAUUCCCAUCUUUGAAUUCCUGGAUGGUGCAGUGACGGCAUAUCAAGGUGUCUCUGAUCUGGCCGGUGCGCAGCGUCUAGAUUGA